AACGAGCGCUCAUCCAUGCCUCGAAAAUAAUAGCUAUAGCCACUUAUACGCAGUUUUGCACCUGUAAUGACGAGGCGGAAAGCGGGCACUUUACAUUUCGCCAUUCCGAGUCUUCAUUAAACCUUGGCUAUCAUCUCGGAUUUACAUUACAAAGAACAAUGGUUUUUUAGUUAAUUUCCUCUCUGUUUUGGGAUUUGAUUUGACCACUCCGUGGACUAUGUCAUUUUUUUAUUCCAAUUAUCAGUCACGAUGCGUCAGACUCGGUUUCAAAAAUGAACUCCAACUCCUCUCGUUAGUCGAUUGGUCUCAGCCAAAAUAUCACUUUUCUUGAGAACAAUUUAUCCUCACCUGAAAAGGUAUGUGUUUGGUCACAAGACUAGAUGAUGGUCGAUGAUAGUUUUGACAGAUAUCUUUUCACGCUGAAUGAUUUUGAAAAUGCCAAUCUUACUGCGUAGUACGAACCAUCAGUUAUUUAUAGUUCGACCAACGUUCAAUCGGGUAAGCUUACAACUGUGCUCAUUUUUUAUGACUUUGAUAUCGAUUUAUAUCGUAUUGGUGUGGGAACGUGAGAAUUUUUAUGUUAAUCCCGAAAGGGUUUGAAAUUCACGACGGAAGCGACUUUACUACAUACUUAAAUUGCUUAAAUCAAACCAGCAUGCUAAAUUCGAAUUCAGCUCUGAUCUGAUUUGAAUCUAUUUUGUAUUGUUCCAUAACAUAUUCCUCCAUAGUUUCUGCACAUUAGCGUUCAAAAUGUGUUGCAACAACUACGUGUAGUUUUGGAGAAAUUGGAAACGAUAUCCAUGCAGUUCCAACGAGUCUCAACUAGAUAGUUGUUUAGAAUCAGUUCCAACGUGAUUAGAAAUGUUACUCUCAUUUCUCUCUAAAGUUCCAGAUCUUAAAGCGAUCAAAAAUGAUCGCUUCAUUUUGGUCCAUCUCGGUCCUUCUCUGUUUGGUCAAUCUUGGAGUCUCGUUGAUUGCAGAAGAUCCCCUAAGAAUGGGGUUAAAACAAAUGGGCUUUCAAGGCGCCAUUUUUGUUCCGGGUGAGAUUGGUUAUCACAAAUUCCGCUUGGGGCAUACGGGAACAUGCAAAUUUGCUUUUCCCAAACUCGUGGCCAGGCCACGAACCUCAGCUGAUGUUGCUUUUGGCGUCAUGCUCGCCCGGUCAGAAAAUAUUUCCCUUAGCGUUCGAAGCGGCGGGCAUGGUUACCUUUGCCAGCAUCUAAAAAAUAACAGCCUUCAUCUGGAUCUGAGACGACUAAAUCACAUGCACCUACUCACACCUGACCCCGAGAAGAAUCUCCCUCUUCGCUUGAACCUUGGCCCUGGUUCAACAUGGGGCAGAGUGCUGAAGCAAUUUCCGAUCAGCCGAUAUUCCAUGGUUCAUGGUCAAUGCACAACCGUUGGAGUGGGCGGAUACCUGCUGGGGGGAGGCGUGAACUUUGUGGGCACGUCGUCCAAGCUGGGAAGUGGCUCUCAAAAUGUCAUGGAAUACACCAUGAUCUCCGCCACCGGAGAUUUGCUCAAGGUGUCUGAAAAUGCCAUUCAAACAUUGCAUUUGAAUGAAAGUGUGAAAGACACCCUAUUGGAGCCCAAAAAUGACUUAUUCUUUGCGUUGAAAGGUGCGGGCAGUAGUUUUGGGAUUGUCACCAAUUUCUUGUAUCAAAUAUAUGAUGAACCGGAAACUCAGCCUGUGUUGGUGCCGAUCUUUUUCCGUGGACCAAGUGACUUGGAAAAGCUCAAAAGGUUGAAUGCCAACGGCCUCUUUGACGUCUCCAUAUUCCGACUUUAUCAUCUAAUAGACAUGGAUCCUGUUCAAGGAAGUUGGUAUAAUACAUUCCUCGCCAGUGCCCCGUUAUUGAGCAAGUUGAUCAAUUUUUCGUCCCAAGAGGCAGUUGGGGCUUUGGUUGUGGAUAUAUAUUCUGGACGGCAACGAACUGACUUGAUCGAAGCCGUCAAUCUCUUACAUUCGUUUGGCAUGGAACUGGCCUUCACUAAUCUAGGAGGCAUUGGCAUUCUCACCUUGAGAAUCAUGAAGUUUGACCAAUUCGAUCCUUUCUUAAGAACAUACGACUCCCAAUAUCUGAGUCAAGAAGAUCAACUUCGAAAGGGCCCUCAAGCAUCCGCUUCGGCCAGUUUCAUCAAUGCCAGGUCACCACGAAUAGUAGAAGACUUUAUCUUUAACAAUUCCCAUUUCGGCAACUAUCAAGAUUCCGUGAACCUUCGUCAUGAUCUUGGCUGUGAUUGGUGUUAUUGGACAUUGGUGAUUUGGAAUGGACCAAAGAGGCCACUUUUCUUUGCCAAUGAUCCACCCCCUGAUCAAAAAGGAAUUUACACACUAGAUUUUACCUGCCAGUAUGAUCCUCAUUCUUCGGCUCAAGCCAAAAGAUGCGAGAAUGUUGUCCAGUUGGCCAAAGCCCGGAUGUCCAAAAUUGCAGAGGAGGAAGGGGAGCAUCUCAAUCAGUACUAUAAUACCCCUUCUUGUGACAUCAAUGGACGACCUUUUUACGAAAGGUAUUGGCAUCAUCAUUACGAGACGUUGUUGGCACAGAAACAGAUAUGGGACCCGACGAACCUUUUAACGCACUGCCACGCUGUUGGAAGUACGGAUGAGGAUUGUUGCCCGACCGUUUGAUAUGAGACACCGACCACGACUUCAAGUCAACCUAGACUUUGAAUUUGGAGUCUUGAUUUCAUUUUGUGUGAAAACAUAGGGCGUAUUUUUGCUUACCAAAGCUCUACCAUUCAAAUUCACAAGAUCAAUUUCGGUAGAAGCAAGCAUAUUCAAAGUAUUGAUGCUUUUGAACCGAUUUUAUUAAUGAUAUCCACUAUUAUUACCAAGACACAGCAUUCACUUAUCAAUCGACAAAUAGACAAAUAAGGGUCAUUUGUCUAUGUAGUAUAUGACUGUGUUGGGUAAUCAAAAUGUCCUGGCUGAAAUUUGGCCUUUCUUUAGUGUUGAUCUUUGAUUCGAGAAUAUCCUUCAAGUGAAUAAAUGUUAGUGAUCCGGA